AUGAAGACAAAUUUGAAGGAGUGUGUCUCUGUCUUUUUGCAUAGGAAACAGCUGAAAAGCACUUCUAAGUAUAUUUAUCAGACUCUGUUUGUAAAUGGGGAGAACAGCGAUGUCAAAAUUUGUGCUCUGGGAGAGGAGUGGAACUUGCAUAAGAUCUAUUUGUGCCAGUCAGGCUACUUUUCCAGUAUGUUCAGUGGAGCUUGGAAAGAAUCUAGCAUGAACAUCAUAGAGUUGGAGAUUCCUGACCCAAACAUUGAUACAGAAGCUCUACAGGUGGCUUUUGGCUCGCUGUACAGAGAUGAUGUAUUAAUAAAACCCAGUCGAGUAGUUGCCCUUUUAGCAGCAGCCUGCAUGCUGCAGCUUGAUGACUUAAUCCAGCAAUGUGGUGAAACAAUGAAGGAAACCAUUAAUGCAGAAACUGUGUGUGGUUAUUACAAUUCAGCGGCAACAUAUGGGUUAGACUCUGUGAAGAAAAAGUGCCUGGAAUGGCUCUUGAAUAACCUGAUGCCUCACCAGAGUGUGGCGCUCUUCAAAGACCUCAGCAUAAACCUCAUGAAACAGCUGAUUAGUUCUUCUGACCUACUUGUAGUGCAAGUGGAAAUGGAUGUGUACACCGCUCUCAAAAAGUGGAUGUUCCUCCAGCUAGUGCCUACUUGGAAUGGGUCUUUGAAACAACUCUUAACCGAAGCUGAUGCGUGGUUUGCCAGGCGCAGGAGAGAUUUUGAGGAUGACGUUGCCUUCCUGGAAUCGGAACAGGGGAAUGCGUUCCUGUCGGUGUUCACACACUUGAGAUUACAGUAUAUCAUCAGUGACUUGGCGUCAGCCAGAAUUAUUGAGAGAGAUUCCCUAAUGCCCUCAGAAUGGCUGUCCUCUGUUUACAAACAGCAGUGGCUUGCCGUGCUCAGAGCAGAACAAGGCAAUGAUAUUGGGCCUCAGGAAGUAAAUAAAGAGGAACUGGAAGGAAACAGCAUGAGGUGUGGUCGAAAACUUGCAGAGGGUGGCCAUUACUGCUGGCGGUGGACUGGGUUCAACUUUGGCUUUGACCUUCUUGUCACUUAUACAAAUGGUUACAUCAUUUUCAAGCGGAAUACGCUGGAUCAGCCGUGCAGUGGAUCAGUCAGUCUGCAGCCUCGGAGAAACAUAGCCUUCAGGUUACGUGUAACCUCUUUUGAUAGCAGCGGGAAAGUUACUUUCAGUAGAACAACAGGAUAUCAGAUUCUAACCUUUCAGAAGGACCAGGAGCAGAUAGUGAUGAAUUUGGACAGAAGCCUCCUGACCUUCCCGCUCUACAUCUUCUGUAACUUUUUGUACACAUCGCCAGAGAAGACGACCGACAGCGAGGCACUGCCAGAUAACUCAGAAACCUGAGACCUCUUUAUAUAUUAUAUAUCUAUAUAUUUUAUAUAUAUAUAUAUGGCCUUAGUAUACUCCUAUGCAUAUCUGAAAAGAUCAUCAGAAAUUGUGUAGGCCAAAACUAGUUAUCCCAUAUGUUUUUUUAAUUUCUGUUCUGCACCUGCAGACAGUAGCCAUUCCGUGGUUAAGAAAUGUUAGACUUUUUAUUUUCCUGGGUGAAAACUGAGCCAAAUGGGACAGGGGGAGUUUGUGUGAAUGACAUCUUACGAACUUUCCUGUCAGAUUCUGAGCACGCAUUGUAGGACGCGUGGUUUUUGUAGUGUCUUAUUUGUUUGUGGGUUGGUUUUUUUUUUUAAAUGACUGAUCUGUAAAUACCA